AUGCCCUCAUUUGCGCUCGCACCAUGCCCUGCCACGUUCUGCCAUCCAUGCCCGCGGUGUGCUGUGACUUGCUUUGCGUGCCAUGCGGUGCAGGUGCCAUGGAGUCGCCUGGGAGUGGAGCCGGUGGUGCUGCUGCUGGAUCGAGUCUUCAUCCUCGCCCACCCCUCCUCUGCCCCCGCCUCCGCCUCCCAUCAGGUUCCUCCCCACCCCUCCCCCGCUGCCUCCACCCCCUCCCCACCAUCCCUCCAAUCCGUGUUCCCACCAUCCCUCCAAUCCGUGUUCCCACCAUCCCUCCAAUCCGUGUUCCCACCCUCCCUCCAAUCCGUGUUCCCACCCUCCCUCCAAUCCGUGUUCCCACCAUCCCUCCAAUCCGUGUUCCCACCCUCCCUCCAAUCCGUGUUCCCACCCUCCCUCCAAUCCGUGUUCCCACCAUCCCUCCAAUCCGUGUUCCCACCAUCCCUCCAAUCCGUGUUCCCACCAUCCUUCCAAUCCGUGUUCCCACCAUCCCUCCAAUCCGUGUUCCCACCAUCCCUCCAAUCCGUGUUCCCACCAUCCUUCCAAUCCGUGUUCCCACCAUCCCUCCAAUCCGUGUUCCCACCAUCCCUCCAAUCCGUGUUCCCACCAUCCCUCCAAUCCGUGUUCCCAACAUCCCUUUCUUCCCUUGAUACUGCAUCGCUUGUCUUCUCACCUUUGCUUAUUCGAAACCCUCUUGCCCCACACGUUUACAAAUUCACUACUGUCCCUGCCAUCCUGUCUCAUGCUGCCUCUUGCGCUGCUGGGGGGUGCCUGGGAGUUGUGGUUGGGGUGCAGUCAGCGGAGGAGGAGGAGCAGCAACGCCUGCAAGCAAAGAGGCGCAGAAUAGAGGUGAGCCUCGCACCCGCUCGUAUGCAUCUCAUGCUGAUGCUCACCCCCCCCUUCCUGCACUCCCAUGCCUGCACUCCCAUGCCUGCACUCCCAUGCCUGCACUCCUAUGCCUGCACUCCCAUGCCUGCACUCCCAUGCCUGCACUCCCAUGCCUGCACUCCCAUGCCUGCACUCCCAUGCCUGCACUCCCAUGCCUGCACUCCCAUGCCUGCACUCCCAUGCCUGCACUCCCAUGCCUGCACUCCCCUGUGUGGCAUAAUCGGUGCUCCUUCACUUCACUGUGUGCAUGGCAUGCAUGCAUGGGGGAUGGAGCAGGCGGGCAGCGGGUCAUGGAUAUCAUCACUGAUCGCCACAAUAGUGGGCAACAUCAAGAUCUCAUUCACCAACGUGCACAUCCGCUAUGAGGACCCCGGCAGCCUCUCAGGCCGCCCCUUCUGCACGGGAGUGACACUGGCCAGGCUGGCAGCAGUCACCACGGAUGAGAACUGGGUGGAGACCUUCGUCACCAGCGGGGCGCUCGACAGCCUCUACAAGGCAGUACAUCUGGAGCGCCUGGCGGUGUACCACGACAGCAACAGCGGGCCGUGGGACCCACACACCGCAUGGGACGCCAUGCAGGGCGCACAGUGGAGCGAGGUGUUUGAGGCGGGCAUUCACGAGCAGGCGCCACCCAGUGCACGUGGUAUUGACUGGGCGGCGAAUCGGCAGUUUCUGCUGCAUCCGGUGGACGGCAGGAUGCGGUAUGAGCGGCGCAGCAAGAAGGAGAGGCGGCGCGAUGAUGUGCCCUUCCAGACUGCUGCCCUGCAGCUGGGGCAGGUGGCGCUCACUCUCUCACAGGUCAGUGCAGCUGGGGCAGGUGGCGCUCACUCUCUCACAGGUCAGUGCAGCUGGGGCAGGUGGCGCUCACUCUCUCACAGGUCAGUGCAGCUGGGGCAGGUGGCGCUCACUCUCUCACAGGUCAGUGCAGCUGGGGCAGGUGGCGCUCACUCUCUCACAGGUCAGUGCAGCUGGGGCAGGUGGCGCUCACUCUCUCACAGGUCAGUGCAGCUGGGGCAGACGCAGUACGAGGACGGGAUGCGCUUCAUGGAGGCGGCAGCGCUGUAUCGCCGCCGAGUGGACGUCGCUCACCUGCGCCCGCGCCUGCCUGUGCGCUCCCACGCCGCCCUCUGGUGGCGCUUUGCCGCACGCGCCCUGCUGCAGCAGCAUCACGCCCUCAGGCCCACCAUGACAUGGAAGAGCAUCAAGGACAGUUGCAACAUGCGGCGCCGCUAUGUGGCGGCAUACACUCACGCGCUGCUGGACGCGUGGGCGUCGGGCGGCCCUGUGAAGCCGGGUGUGGCGGCGGACAGCGCUGAGAUGCGUUCCAUUGAGGCGCACGUCAGCGUGGAGGUCGCCCUGCUAUGGCGCAUGCUGGCACACUCGCAGGCGGAGCGCAGCCGACCCAAGGCACAGCGGCAGGCAGUGCAGCCCAAGGCCAAGGGGUGGUUCGCCUCCUGGCGAGGGGCGUCUGUGCCAGCAGAAGCAGGGGGGGGCGAGGGGACGGAGGAGGAGGGGGUGGGGGGAGGGUUGAGUGCGGAGGAGUGGGAGAAGAUAGAGGAGCUGGUGCGCGCGGGGGAGGAGGCGCAGUAUGAGCCGGGGCAGGCACACGCGGGGGCGGUGCAGAUGCUGGUGCAGGUGGCCAUGGAGUGCUUCCGCGCUCGCCUCGUGGACGGGGGGGCGGGCGUGGAUGGGGGGGCGGGCGUGGACGUGGUGUGUGGGUCGUGCCACCACCUGCACGUGGCGCUGCGCCUCUUCCCCCUCAUGCUCAAGGCUGACGUCAGCCUGCGCCUCUAUGACCUCUCCGUGCCUGAAGGCACGCUCAUUGAGCUGUGGCGGCGCAGCAUAGACCGAGUGCUGCACUUCCUGCGCGCGGGCCAGCAGGCCACGCCUGCCGUCGCCCUCGAGACCGCUGCCGCCCUGCAGGUGCCCCCUCUCUCUGCGCUGCCCUCGGACUCGGAUCAUGCACCCGCACGUUAUGGCACUAAGCAUGUAUACCUCACUACGUGGUUCUCCAUAGAUCUGGACGUUGACGCCCCCAAGGUGGCCAUCCCCGCUGACCCCUCGCCCCACGGGGAGCCACCCACACAGCUGCUGCUGGACUUCGGCCACUUCAUGCUCAAGACCGACCAGCACCUCACCACUCUCCCGGCCGUCCCCUUUCCCCGCGCCUCCCUGCAGGACGACCCGUCAGCGGAGGGCAGUGAGGCCAUGGCGGCAGCAGCGCUGUACACGCGGUUCAAGAUCACCGCCACCGACAUCUCCAUGUCCGUCGCUGAUGGCCACUUUGACUGGCGCCGCUACUCAGCAGCAGCAGCAGCAGCAGCACGGUGGCAUGGAUGGGGAGGAGGGUGCAGGGGAGGGCGAAUCAGGGGGCCUGCGACUGGACUUGCUGCAGAAGUGUGGCCUCUCUGCUGUGCUGCACCAGGUGGGUCUCUGCUGUGCUGCACCAGGUGGGUCUCUUCUGUGCUGCACCAGAUGAUGGUGGAGCACCCCAGCUACCCCACCACGCGCAUUGCCGUGUGGCUGCCCUGCCUCGCCUUCCACUACUCGCCCGCUCGCUACCGCCGCCUCAUGCGCGCCCUCCGAGCGCUCUCCCCCGCGCCGCCUCCUGCUGCUGAAGCUGACGCUGCGGAGGGCGGGGUGGCGGGCGAGGGUGAUGGGGCGGUGGCGGUGCGACCAUGGCAGCAGGCCGACCAGGCGGGCGAUGUGUGCCUGCUGCAGUGGACGGUGAGAGAUGGGAUGUGUGCCUGCUGCAGUGGACGUGUGAGCAGCGCCAUGGGGGUGGUGGACGUGCCCCCGCAGCACAUAGCGGGCUACCACCACGUCAUUGCCCUCGCUGCCCGCGGCGCUCAACCUGCCAAGGUGGUGCUGUCAGGGCAGGCGGUGGUGCUGCGACUCAAGUCGGAGGCCAUCAAGGCGCAGUGGGCUGCACGCCUCACAAGAGCUCUCUACCACGCCUCUGCGCCUGCCUCCAUGGACCUCCUCACUGACGACGCCUUCUCCUCAGAUGCACCUGAACAAGCACCUGAACAAGCACCUGAACAAGCACCUGAACAAGCACCUCACCACGUGCCCAUCGCCUCACCUGAGCGACAGCUGGCUGGAGAAGAGGCUUUGUCGCCGUCUGUGCGUGCGGCAGCGGCGGUGGAGGAGGCGGGAGCAGCAGCGGGCGCGCAGGAGAAGCCGUUCCUUUACAUCAUGGGUGCGCUGGACGACCUGCGCCUCGCCAUCAGCUCCGUCGUGAGUCACUCCCCUCCUGCCCUGAGACCUCCAUUGCUCGCGAGUGCAGAUGCGGCACCUGGGGCUGAGCAGGGGGUGGCAGACGUGAGCACAAGGGAGACUUUGGAGGGCACUGAGACAGGGGGCGAAGGGACGAAAGAGGAGGAGGGCAAGGAAGGCAAAGAGAUCGAGGAGGGCAACAAGAGCAAGGCGGAGGAUAAUGAGGAUGAUGAGGAUGAUGAAGAGGAUGAGGACGAGGAUGGCUUUGCGGAUGCGGAGGCAGAGUUCCUGAUGUCACCCACGUCAUCAGGGGCGUCCACGCCCCGCCACGGUGCAGCAGCGGGCGAGGGCGAGGGAGGGGGAGGGUACGGCGGCGCGGCGGAGUUCUUCGAUGCGCGUGACUUCGCUCUGGACGACGGCGACGCCGCCAACGUGCCCAGCUUUGGCCGUGCGGGGCGGCUGCUGCCCGACAUGGGGUGGCAGCACGCGGGGGCGAGCAGGCGGCGUGCGAGGCAGGGGGAGGGCGAGGAGGAGGACGGGGGGGCAGGCGGGGAGGAGGAAGAGGAAGAGGAGGAGGGGGACUUUGUGGUGGUGCAGGUGGGCAUGUACCAGCCGUCAUCACCCAGCUACACCGGUGUUGACACUCAGGUGGCGGUGGAGAUGGCAACGCUUGAGUUCUUCUGCAACCGACUCUCCAUCGUCGCUCUCAUGGAACUCUCCAUCUACCUCUCGCCACCACCACUCCCCACGCCGCCUGCUGGCACCACCGCCACACAGCCGUCUCACACAACAGGCGCAGCUCCUAUGCCUCCCACUGUUGAUCUCCCGGCCCCUGCUCUGCCGCCUGCUUCCCCUGCCGCUGAGAUUGGCAGCCCUGGGAUGGCAGGCAGCCGCAGCAGGGGAGGGGAUGAAGGGCGGAAGGGAGAGGGUGUGGAGGAGAAGGGGGAGCGGGAGGGUCAGAUGGGGCGGGAGGCGGUGAAGGGGUUGUUGGGGCGGGGCAAGGCGCGCGUGGUGUUUGGGCUGCACAUGGCCAUGCAGCACGCGCGCAUCUUCCUUAACCUCGAAGACGGCAGGCAGCUCGCCAUGCUGGAGCAGGAGAGGCUGAGCGUGCAGGUCAAGGUGAGCUUCUAUUUUUUCCUGCGUUCACUCCAUUUCUCUUCUCGUGCACUUGUCUUGUGCACUUGUCUUGUGCACUUGUCUUGUGCACUUGUCUUGUGCACUUGUCUUGUGCACUUGUCUUGUGCACUUGUCUUGUGCACUUGUCUUGUGCACUUGUCUUGUGCACUUGUCUUGUGCACUUGUCUUGUGCACUUGUCUUGUGCACUUGUCUUGUGCACUUGUCUUGUGCACUUGUCUUGUGCACUUGUCUUGUGCACUUGUCUUGUGCACUUGUCUUGUGCACUUGUCUUGUGCACUUGUCUUGUGCACUUGUCUUGUGCACUUGUCUUGUGCACUUGUCUUGUGCACUUGUCUUGUGCACUUGUCUUGUGCACUUGUCUUGUGCACUUGUCUUGUGCACUUGUAUUCCCUGCAUCGACACGUGUCAACGCCUCAUUGGGCAAUCUGCGGCUGUGCAACCUGCAGCUGCCAGCAUCCCACCCAUGGCGCUGGUUCUGUGAUCUGCGGGACAAGCAGAGCGCGUCGCUGGUUGAGGUGAGCCCACGUCCAUCAAUGCUGUCCGCUACCGUGCUAACCUGCUACUCCACCUUCCCUGCUCCCCUGCUCUGUCUGUUUCCCUUCCUCCCACCCCACCGGUUCUCCUUCUCCACCUUGCCACACCUGGCCCUCCCCUCCCCUGCAUCGCUCCCUGCCCCCUGCCGCGCGGUCCAUGAGCAGAUAGAGUACAACUCGUACAACCCCGACGACGAUGACUACGAGGGCUUUGAGUACAGCAUCGAUGGCAAGCUGUCUGCCGUGCGCCUCAUCUUCCUCUACCGCUUCGUGCAAGAGUUCAUGGCGUACUUCUGGGGGCUGGCAGCGCCGGGGGUGAGGCAGGAGAUGGUGGUGCGAGUGGUGGACGCGGUGGGCGGCAUCGAGCGGCGCAUCCAGCAGUGGGAGGUGGCCGGCAGCAGUGGCAUCCGCUACAACGUGUCCCUUGAUGCGCCCAUCCUCAUUCUGCCUCGCACCACCCACACCCAAGAGUUCAUGCAGCUGGGGCUGGGGCACAUGGGCAUCAGGAGCAGCGUGGAGUGGCGUGGUGGCAAGUCCAUUGACGAUGCCGGCGCUGUGCGCUGCGAUGUGAUUACAGUGGAGGGGGGCGAGGGCAAGGGGGCGCAGGGGGCACAAGGGGAAGGCGGGCAGGGGAGAGCGGGCGAGGUGGCGAAGCAAGGAGGGGCGGGAGGGGCAGGAGGGGGGGCCCCGGCGUUCACGUACUUCCGAGUGCUGGUGGACGUGCAGCACGUGCAGAUGGAGCUCUUCACCGGCCACACCCGCGACUCCUCCCUCGCCCUGCUGCAGGUCAGUCACUGCCUCGCUCUGCUGCAGGUCAGUCACUGCCUCGCUCUGCUGCAGGUCAGUCACUGCCUCGCUCUGCUGCAGGUCAGUCACUGCAGGUUGUCACAUGCUGUGCGUCAUGGAUUGGAUACUCCUCUGCCUCUUCUCCCCUCCCCCCCACACACCUGUGCUCAGAUCGAGGGCCUAUGGGUGGAGUACCGCACGAGCAGUGCGAGGGAGAUGGAGGUGAUGCUCUCUCUGCCCACCAUGGCCAUCAUCGACCGCCGCCCCGCCACGCGCCAGGAGCUGCGCCUCAUGAUGGGCUCCGCGCUGCACGCCCACUCCCAUGCGCCGCCCGCCCACUCCCAUGCGCCGCCCGCCCACUUCCAUGCGCCGCCCGCCCACUCCCAUGCGCCGCCCGCCCACUCCCAUGCGCCGCCCGCCCACUCCCAUGCGCCGCCCACCCACUCGGGGCACGGCGCAGUGCCGGCAGGGGCCAAGGCGGGGACGGCGGCAGAUCAGGGCAGAGAGGGCGAGAUAGGGGGAGGUUCACCGCCGGUGGCGCUGAGCAUGGUGGUGCUGAACUACUCGACUCGCCCCGCUGCGCGCGCUGUGGUGCUGCGCUUCCAGCGCCCGCGCGUGCUGGUGGCCCUCGACUUCCUGCUCGCCGUCACACACUUCUUCUUCCCCUCCCUCGCCCCCUCCUCCGGCCACGAUACUGAUAGGGACGAGCGCGACGACCCCGCCAGCCUGGCUCAUGCUGUGGUGCUGACAAGUGGCACGACGCGACAGGCGGAGGCGGUGGUGACGGUGUGGCCGCAGCGGCAGCUGAUAGCGGAGGCGGCGGGGGUGGAUGAGUACGAGUACGACGGCUGUGGGGGGGUGCUGCGCCUCCUGCCCUCCGACACCCAGGGGGGCACAGCCGUGCCGGCGGGCAAGCAGCAGGGCGAGGGCGUGGCGGGGGGGCCGGUGAUAGUGGUGGGCAAUGGGAAGCACCUGCGGCUGAAGAACAUCACUGUGGAGAGUGCGUGGGCGUGGGAGCAGAGUGUGUACCUGGGGUGUGACAGCAGCUUCACUGCCGACCCUGAGGACGGUGUUAUCUGGCGUCAUACCCCCCUCGCCCCUGGCCCCAACGCUGCUGGGGGCGCGGGCAGCAGAGAGGGCAGCGGGGCCGAUGCAGGAGGUGCAGGGGCGGGUGGGGAGGCAGAGGUGCCUCCGGAGCAGACCUCCUUCUCUUUUGACCUUCAGGUGGGUGGGCUGUACCUUCAGGUGUGGGUGUUACCUCUUUACACCCUCAUGCCUCCGCUCAUCCCCACUAUCAAGUAUGCCCCUUUUGUUCGAAUCCCCUCCCCAACCUCUCCCCCUCCCUCCCCCCCUUGGCACCAGGCGGUGGGGCCGGAGCUGACGUUCUACGACAGCACCAAGUGGCCUGCGGGCAUCCCCUUCCGCCCCGAGAGGAUUCUGCGCGCCUCCUUUGACGUCAGCCUGCUGUACGCAGCCAAGGGCGCGGACACGUGGGUGAAGGGGACGGUGCGGGGGUUGCUGGUGGAGACGGCGGCAGGCCUGGCGGUGGUGGAGCCGGUGGACGCCCACUGCGAGCGCGAGUGUGUGGCCGGCAAGACGUCCCUCGAGCUCGCCUGCACCGAUGUGUCGCUGCGCCUGCCCUUCCACACACUGCGCCUGCUGCACCGCCUGCACGCCGACGUCGCUGCCGCCCUCAAGCUGGGCGGCGGGCCCGUGGCGGUGCGAUGCCGGCAGUUUGACCGAAUCUGGAACUCUGGUGGGUGCCUCCACUCUCGGUAG